ACCAAUUUUUUAUAUUUUAGUAUAUAAACUUGGUAUGUGCAGUGAUGGCAAUUUGAACUCGUCCCGUGUGUAUUACCCGAUCUGACUCGCGAUGGAACGGGUAUUACUCGAUUCGUAGUAGUGUGGGUUACGCUAGUCUCCCAGCCCUUCUAAGUCGCUCUUUUAUCUUUCUUCACCUAUACCUGUCGUUCCCUUCUGCUCUAGCUCUCCUCUUCACGACAACAAUAUUUCUGGCGAAACGGUGAUCAAUGUCAACGACACGACCACCAUCAUCACGCUCAACCCCGCUUCUCAACUGCCUACCAAGCUCGACUGUGAAAAUUUUCCGACUUGGAGAGCGCAGCUCAUGACACUUCUUCGUGGCCUCGACCUUCUGAAGUUCCUUGAUGGAUCCAAUCCAGCCCCGGCGCCACAUCCCCUGCCGCCGAGCGCACCCUCUGAUAUAGGCAAUAUCAGCUUCUCCUCCAUGCCAUUCUUGCUUUUAUGGCUCCUGUUGUUGCACCCUAUGUUUCCUCGACUCCCUCCUCCUGUGAAGCCUGGACAAUCUUGGAGUGUAUGUUUGCUAGCCAGUCCCGUCAACGUGUCAUUCAUCUCAAAGAAAAGCUCAGGCAUGAGACUCUUACCAAUCGUCUGGUUGUUAUAUAUCUUCAAACCAUGCGCACAACUGUUGCCGAGUUAGACCUCAUCAAUGCACCUGUCACGAAUGAGGAUCUCAUACUCUAUGUUCUUCGCGGUUUACCUGAAGAAUAUGGCAAAAUCACAGUUUCUAUUCGUGCCCGUGACACUACCAUUCAUUUCGAAGACCUUCGUGAUCGACUGGUUGGUUUUGAAGCCGACCGUGUCGCUGUCCGAUCGGCCCAGCUGCCUGCUCCCACCACGGCUUUCUCCUCUGUCCAUAGUCGCCCAUGUUCUCCUGGCCGGUACAUCCACCCUGCUGGUGGCUCUCACGGGAUUUCUCCUGCCCGACGUAGUUCUAGUCCACGUUCCUCCGAUGCAUAUUCCCCAUCUCGGUCUCCUGCCGGGUAUGUUACUCCUGCUCCGUCACUUCUCGAUCGUCCUCGACUUGUUUGUCAGUUCUGCGACGCCACUGGCCACUCUGCCAAGGAUUGCUACCAUAUUCGUGGUCCUCCCCAUGCUCAUCAUACCAGUGCUGGCUCGUCACCAUCUGGUUGGCUCGUAGACUCGACAACAACCAACCAUAUGACUCCGGAUCUCGGUCAGCUCUCUCUACACUGAUUACAAUGGACCGGAUGAAGUUAUCAUCGGGGAUGGGUCAGGUCUGCAAAUUACACAUAUUGGCAGUUCUUCUUUAUCAUCUAGCAUGUCUCGCUUGGCUCUUCACAAUGUGCUCUGUUUACCGGCCAUUAAACGACAAUUGCUCUCUGUUUCUCAAUUGUGCAAGACUAAUCCUGUGCCGGUGGAAUUUUUUUAUUGUUUUUGUUGUGAAGGAUCUAGCAACGGGGGCGCACCUGCUGCGAGGCCAGAAUAAGGGGGGCGUCUAUGAGCUACCAGCGGCGACUUCACCUGUUCACCUUGCUUUAUCCGCUUCGCGAACAUCCUCUGUUGUGUGGCGUCAAUGCUUGGUCAUCCUCAUUUCAAACUUUUAUCUCAUGUUAUUCGAAAACAAUCUUUGUCGGUUACUUCAUUACCCUUCAACAAAGCAGUCAAAAUCGGGAUUUUGAUCAUAAAAUCAUAGGAUUUUA